CGCAAUACGAUCCCGUGUGAGCAUCAGCUUCAUGUGUAAAGCAUACGAGUUAAGAGCUUCCACACAUGUGGAUAGAUGCGAGUGUGUACGAGUGUGUGUAUGUGCGUGCGGGUGUAGUGCGUAAGCGGCUGCUAGAGGGAGUAAGAAGUCGUUCUUCACAAGCGUUUGCUGGCUGUGUUUCGUAGGUCGACAAGCGCACCAAACACACAUACAAUCCAAGAUACUCCUACAUAUACUAGCCCAAAGAAUCGGUUCGUCGGCUGCUGCUGUUGACGGCGGUACGCUCAAAACAUACGUUAGUGUUCCAGUCGAAAGGAAAAUUCUGCCUAACACAUCGCCAACAUCGUAUCAUAAAAAGCGUGAAAAUGUGUUUGCUAGUAGCAACAACGGAGUAUGCGUUGGCCUCGGGCACGUCGAUGGGUUGAACACGAGUUUUCCAACGCAUUUUUUGCUGCAUAAUAAUCAGUUGUCAGUAUGUGUGCGUGUGUAAAAAAUGAGAGCGUACAACAGCUUGCGUGUUGUGUUGUAUGUAGUUUAGGCGUGUAUGAAGAAGUGCACCUCCUCUUCACCUAAAAUGUGUGGAAAAUGCUUUCAUCUCAGUUCAGGAACGUUUUAGUGCAGAGUGUAUCGUUUUUUCACCGAUCUGUGGGCCUGCGAGAUGGGAUGAGAUCCGACGAGAAUGUAAUGAAGAUAAUUUAAUAUAAAAAGUCCCGUUUCCGGGAAACUCUACAAGCCCCUGCGUGAAAUAACUUGAAAAACAGGAAAUCUUCCAGCGCACUGAUUAUGGAGCGGUUUUGCACCGUUGUGUGAAGAACGUGUGGUACAGGGGCGUGUGUACGUUCGUGUGCGUGUGUUGAAGCGUUGCGGAGAAUGGCGGCCGAUAGUGACGGUGAUCAACAGAAACGGACAAACAGUAGUAGCAAGCGUAGAAAUGCCGGUAACGAAGGAAGCCGAAGCAGAGCCUGCACCAACAGCAGCAGCAACAGCAGCAAUAGUGUCAGUGAAAUUCAAAGCAAUGACAGCACUUUAAAGGCGGUUGUCAUAUGCGAAGGGAACCUGCACGAUCCAGACUUUCCGGCACGACUCGAAAGCCUGGUAGAAAGUCUCACAACGCUGGUUGAGGAAAAACAGCCGGACGAGGGUGGAAAGGAAAAGUCCGAUUCCGGGAAGCUUACGGUCGAUAAGGUGGAACCAUGGAACAGUGUGCGAGUUACCCUCUCAAUACCGAAGGAAGCGGCGGUACGACUGCGGAGGCUCGCAGCCGAAGGAAACAGUGCACUACGGGCCCUAGGCAUUCUGUCGGUGCAGCUGGAAGGAGAGACGGUUCUAUCGUUGCGGUUAGCCGGGCAGCAGGAAAUUGUUUUGCGGACUGAUAACUCUGCGGUUGAUGGAGCGGUUGCAGGAAACAGCACGGGCGGUUUGGGUGAGCUGGCUCGGGUUUUGUCCCAGCAGCAACAGCAACCCCAGCCAAAUUCGUCGGGUGUCGUCUUGCAAGGGCAUUCCCAGGGUGUUUACGCUCAGCCAAUGAUUCCGGCGCAACAGCAGCAGCAGCAACAGCACCUGCUACACAUGCAACAACAGCACCAACUACAGCUGCAACAGCAACAGCUACUGCACGGCACUGCUGUUGUUGAUGGUUUGCCCGGUCCCAGUACCUCUAAAGUCGUCCAUCCAAACCUUCCGAAGCCUCUUAGCAAUGGUCCAUUGCCGAUGGACACCGUUGGCGCUAGUGGAGGCGGGAGCGGAAUAUUCAAAUCGCCAAACACUAUCUGCCCGAUGGACGGCAAGGUUCCAGCCCAUGUGCCAAAUGUGGUCGACGCCUGCGAAUAUCCGUUCGAAAGCAUGACACAAGCAAGGGUAAUACAGCGGCGCGAAAAUACGCUCGGAUUAAACAGCAGCGGUGGAGUGGUAACGGUAGGUCCGUCCGUUGCCCCGGUGUCCGGUGUCGGCAUAGGAGCAGUGAAACAACCAUCGAAUGGUUCGUUUGUACCACCGGUAGGCACUGGUGCAGUUCCACCACCGCCGCCAUAUCAAUCCGCCGUCGGCACUGGAAGCGUUGUAGCGAAGGAGAACCUGGCAGCUGCUGCUCCGGCUGCGGUCGUCGGAACCACGAUGCCCAUUCCGGUGGGCACGGCAAGCGCGGGCAACAAUGUGGCCAUGUCCAGUCCAUUGCUGGUGAAUUUGCUACAAAAUGAAAACAGCCAGCAGCAAACCGGUCCAUCCCAGCAGCAGCAGCAGCAGCAGCAACAGCAGCAGCAGCAAUUGCAGCAGCAGCAACAGCAACAGCAGCAGCUGAUGCGCAGUGUAGGACAGCCGAUUUUGAAGCAGGAACUGCUGAUUGCCAGUGGUACUGGGGGUGGAGGUAUGGUGAAGAGCGGGGUCAUUCCAAACAUCCCACCGUCGGCGACGAUGUUGACGCAGCAAGCUGUCGGCGGCGGGAGUCCGAUAGUGCCGAGUGACAAUGAUCCAAGUGUGCACGGUGUCGUGAUGGGAGGUGGAGCUCUCAAGAGUGGUAGCACGGUGAACCAUCAAGUAGUGAGUGUAAAUCAGCAGCAGCAGCAACAACAUCUAGUGCAUCAUCCAGUGAUUGGCGGGGCAUCCACGAUGGGCGCACCCAUGGUUUCGGCUAGGGCCGCUACAGUUUCGGUCGUUGCUCACCAGCAACAGCAGCAGCUGACGUUAGUGAACAGUGGCAGUCCUUUGCGUGGGGCUGCGCCCACAACAGUGCCAGGUGUGUCUGGCGUAAUGCUCAGUGCUAGUAGUGUGAAUAGAAGUAACAAUAUGACUGCGAUGACAGCAGCAGUGACCACAGGUGCUGUGUCAUCAGCAACCAAUAGUAAUGACAGUAACAGUAACAAUCAGAGUGUGUUGAACGUGUCGCCUUCUUCUCUAGUAACUCCACCAUUGUCAGUGCCUUCAAAUAGCAACAGCAGUAGUAGCAGCAACACCACCUCCACCAUGAACACCAUUAAGAUGCAAAGAUAUAGCCUCGUGGCGGGUCCAUCGACGAGCGGUGGACCUGUGGCGGUGGGGAUUGGCCCGGCCGUGAGAGCUCCACAGCAGCAGCAGCAGCAGCAACAUCAACAACUCGCGAUACCCAGUGGAGGUGGCGGUGGCAAUGUUAUGCUAGCCGCUAACAAUCGAGCACCUGUGAUGGGACCACAGUCGUCGCAUGGUCAUCCUCAGGGAAUGCGGCCACCCCCGUCUCCAACAGCGUUCCAGCUGCAGGACCAAAUGCAAAUGCAGCAGCCACAACAUUCCCAGCAGCAACUGAACCGUUUUCCAGUUCAGCAGCAGCAACAGCAACAGCUACCUUUUCGACAGCCAAAUCCAAUGCCACUAUCGCAUCAACAGCAACAGCAACAAGGACUGCAAUCAGUCGGUUAUACUCAACGGUGGCCAACGCUACCCAUGGAUUCGGCCACCAAGUCAGGCUACCAGGAGUUUGCACGCUUUCAGAUGCAGUACAAUCUCAGUCAACAACAAUUGAACAAGCCCACAGCGGCGUUGGGACAACCGCAACAACAACAACAAUCCCAUUCGCUGGACGGCGUUUCACCAACCGUUGCCACGUCCCCAAGCGUUGGUGCCGAUUCGCUCGAGCUAGGCAAUUGUCUGGUUGAUCUGCCCGAUCUGGCAAAGAACGAUCUGGAUUCGUUGCUACCGAGCGAUCUGGACAGUGCAUUUCUCGACACUAAGCUGGACGAUCUAGACGAUCUGGAUCUGAUGGAUCAGCAGCAGCAUCACCACACGCUGCUCGGUCCAGCGUCGUUGCAACAGCCGGCUGAUAUUUCGACUGUCCCGGGUACACUGCUUGGUGGUGCGUCCGUGAAUCAGGCGGUGGCUACUGGACUUUCCGGGCUGCCGAUGGGCGCUCCCGGCGGUGGUGGAACGACGUUGAGCGAUGCGCAACUGCGCGAGCGCCGGUGGAAGGCACAGCUUCUGAUCAACCCGCUAACGGGCGAGCUGGAAGAAACGCAAGUGGAAGAGGGUACUGAAGAAUCGGAAAACGGUGGCAAAGCAGGUGGAAGGCAGAGCAGCAAGAUGGGCGCGGUUCGUGGAAACGAUUUCCCCCCCGAGAUCCCUAACUCACUCUAUUCGGACGACGACACUACGGGCAGCGUUGGUGGGCUUUCCUCGUCGCGGCUAUUUUCGGAUGCCAGCGAUUCGGAACGUCCGUCGCCUUCUACAGCUGGUUUAGUAGCGAUGGAUGCUGGAAGCUUGGCACCGGGCAGUAACGCCAACAUGGGCAAGGCUGUGUAUGGUGGUGCUCCCAUUGUCCCUUCAACAUCCGUUCCUACCGGCAGUGGUAUUGGUAGCAAUGUAGCCAGUUCCGCCAAUGUCGCUGUACCGCAGAUGGUGGUAAGCACAGGCAAACCGGUGAAGCAUAAAAAGGAACGCGCGAAACCUGUAAAGGCCAAGGACAAGCUGAAGUCUCCGGUAGCAGCCAAGGACAAGCCCAAGGAAAAAACGAAAGCAUCGCUUAAGACGGUUGUCAAGCAAAAGGCGAAAGUUCUAUCCACCUCAGUGCUGUUAGUAGACGCAGCUGGGUCAGGUGAUUCGCCGAGUAAAAACGGCACGGAACUCAAGUUGCGGCUGAAGCUUGAAAAACCAGAUUCCAUUGGCGUACGCGAAAGCGGUCUUGGCUCCCGUUCCGGUGGAAUAAGCGCUCUACCGCCAUCAUUAACGGUUGCAUCGACCGGAAGUAUGUCUGCUGCGUCGGCAAACGCAUCGGUGGACAGGUUAACGGUAGACAGCGAUGGCACAGCGUUGCUGACGUCGCUGCAGUUAAAUCCUGCUUCCCAAUCUCAGCAAUUCAUCGCUGCAACGUCGGUCCCCUCGGCAGUCACCAACGCCAUGGGGAGUAUCAGCGGUGGCAGCAGCUUUGUCUCUGUCCCGGCCCCGCUGGUUGCCAAUGCGGCGGGAAACAGCGGAAAUACCGGUAGCACAAACAGUAUCGGCACUGCUGUGCAGACUUCAUCUCCACCAGGCGAGGAGUUGCGAGUGCCUCCGUUGCACAUUAGCUUACGGGGUAAGAAUUCCGUGGUGAUCAAGAACUCCCGCAAAGACCGUAAGAAAAGCCAGAGCGGUGGCGAAGAUGACAGCAGUGACGGUGGUGGUGUUGCGAAGCGAUCCACCUUCAGCAAACGUAACUCCAUUGACCUCAACGCACCAAUCUCGAGCAUGGUGGCCGUAACGGCAGGCCCAACAGUAUCAUUAUCCCCACCUGCUUAUCAAAACCACACUGCUGGAUCGUCCAAAAUGACUGUCUCCGAUGUGCAAUCGAGCACCGACCAGACAAGCGAGGCACAAUUAGGCUCGCAGAAGCGAGCCGCAUCAGAUGCAGGGCAUAGCAAUGCGACUGCUACUGGAGGCAGCAGCGGCAGCACAUCCUCUGCCGGACACAGUCCGAACGGAUACGUCUGUCCGGAGAAGAAGCGAAGACUCAGUAACGGUGGCAGCAGCAUAAGUCUAACCGCGAGUGGUGGUACCAUUGCGGCGAGCACUGUAUCGACUGUAUCCGGCACGAGUAUAGACAACACCGCCAGCAGCAACAGCAGCAGCAGCGGUGCAGAAACAUCGUCCACGCCAACAACCGUAACUACCAGUGUGCAGGAAAUUAAUGACAUCUACGAGUCGAUCGUUACAACCAGUGAGAGCGUACCGAUUGGUUCGACCAACGUCGGCACAGUACCUCCGACAAACUUGCUCCAAUCGGCUACAAAAAACUCCAAGAGCUCCGGUGCGAAUAAUGCUAACAGCAAUGGCAGCAACAACAUAAACAAUAACAAUAUCAAUAUUAACAAUAAUGGUGGCAGUUACGGUAAGACUCAAAAAAAUCUCGUCAAAGCUUCGGUAGAUGGGGUUGCUGUGGGUGCGGCCACUGCGCCUCAGUCGCAACCGGCUACCGUGGAUGCCCUUCCGUCGGCUGCGGAAGACUGUAAGAAAGGAGAUAGUGCAGCUGUAACGUUAGCUUCAUCGCCUUCAUCCUCAGCGGAAGCGGCGUCCGUCAAUCCAGGCAGCACUACAGCCGAACGCAACAAUAUCAUCACUACCACCAUCAUCACCACAACGGCCACCAAUACAACCACCACCACAACAUCUACCUCAAGUGAGAAAUCCUCCACUGUUUUGGAAAGUCAUCCUUCAGGGCAGCAACAUUGCGGAGAAGAAGAAUCGCCACAGCAAAAUACGCUAAAUAAAAUUAACACCAGCAUUGUACAUCACGAUCAUCAGCAUCACCAUCAUCAUUCGGAUCAGGAGCAUCAUAGUAAAAACCGACCACCGGAGCAGUUGCUGGUAGACGUACCGUUGGAGGACAGUGGAAAGAAUAGCAAACAGCAGGACAGCAGCACUGCGGAUGGUGCCAUUGCCGAUGUGCUCCCAUUGGACGCCCCACCACCGACUGCUGCAGAGAAGGGUACGAAUCCGUCGUCUACGUCCAGUUCGCCCCAUUCUCCUGGCACGGCAAACGCUGUGUGUACUACUGCUGGUAGUGCCAGCUCGACGGGAACGAUGGCAACUGCAGCGACGGUAGCGGCGGGCGUUGUAUUGGGUGUAAAUCAUCAUUUGCUUGGCCAUACGAAUGUCCGGGGCUCACCAGGAUCUCAGGCACAGGGUGAGGAUAGUGGCAUUGAAUCGAUGGAUGCACUGUCGGAGAAAAGUCCCCAUCAGCUGUCAUCGCAUAGCCCGCAGGGCUCGCAUAGCAGCAGUGGCACAGGCAGUAACGUGAUGAACAGCAGUAGCAGUACAAACAGUAAUAGCAGCACGCUAGAAGGAAAGCAAAUGCCUUCCGUUGAUAGUCCACAGUGUGAUGAAAAAAUGCUUGAAGGAAACGGUGCGGAUGUUGUUGCCGUGCGGUCAGAGAAAAGCGGUUCACCUAAGGACGGAAAAGAGCUGGCCACUACACCAUUGUUGGAUGGCAGUAUGGAGCACUACAACGAUAUUGAGGCGGCGUUGGCAAAGAUGGAGGGUUUAAAUGACCUCGCGGUCGCGAUUAGCUGCAGUGGUGCCGAUGCGAAGCUAAAUGGCGAUCAUUCCAUACUGCUAAAGCCGGGAGAUUUGCUCGAUCACAAUCAUCACGAAACUCUGGAGAGCAUGGAUCAGACGAAUCUGAGAAAAAUUCUUGACAUAGACGUCGAAGAUGAUAGAAAGCAGCAGAGUAUUAUUGACCCUGAAAGUCUAUUGAACGAUGUCACCCACUUGAACACCAAUCAGUCAUCGGAGGAAAAACAGGGCAUUAAGUUGACGAAAGAUGACGUUAAGUUGACGAAAGAUACAAAGAUACAGAACCACCACCAGCAUCAGCAACAACAGCAGUUACUUUCCGAUACUACGAUGAUUAAGAAAAAAUCCGUUGCAGAAAAAUGUGAUGCCAUCGGGAGCAGCAAGACUAAAACAUCUGUAAAAGCGGCAGGCGUUGCUGGCAGAGAAAAGCAUACACAGCAGCCGCAGCAGCAGCAGCAAUCACGACAGUCCCAGCAGUCUCAGCAGCACUUGUCUCCAUCUGAAUCCAUCGAAACGGACGGCAAACUACUCGCAAAGCACGUUGUUGGCAACAACAAUCUUCCGGAAGAGGAACAGAAAAUGUCACCGGUCACCACAAACGCAGCUCUCGAUGCGAAAGUGUCCAGCGAUGUUGACGGAAGCAUCUCUGCAACACAGAAAAGUGUCGAUGAAUGCGGCAACAAUAGUAAAAAUAUCCCUAGUGUGAAAAGCGAAUGUGAUAGUAAGGUAAUAAUGUUAGUGGACGAUAAAAAACUCUUAGUUAAGUCUGAUCCCGACGAGGCUAUCGUUAGUAGUGUAAAGAAGAGUUUAAGAAAAUCUUCUGACGAACGGCAGUCAGUUACCGUUGUCGCCACGGCUACCACACCGGCUGUUUGUACUGCUGCUGCUGCUGCUGAUGCUGUUGCUGUUGCGCCAGCAACCGCCGAGACCACCUCCGUUACUGAGAAGCUUGAAUCAUCGUCAUCAUCAUCAUCAUCUCCGACGCCUACAGUUGCGCAGCCAUCUGCCACGGCGAGUCCGGUCGAAAUGAAAGCGGAUCCAAAAAGUCCUGAUUCGGCUGAUCCGCACAUCGAUCUGAAACCGCGUCAUGAGCAACCACCGCUGUACAGUUAUUCCAGUGAAAAAGCGCGUGAAAGACGUACGGCCGCUGCAGCUAGUGAUGGAAUUCAGUCUUCAGCUAAUGGGAGUGCUCGGAGUGAUGCAAGAUCUCGUAGAAACUCGUCCGUGACAUCGUUACCUGCCGAGGGUAGUGAGACCAAUCCAUCGGUUGAUUCUGAGAACGAGUCGCCUAGUAGAGCACCAGCGAGUAAAAAGUCACCAUCGGCAAACAGCACUGGCAUGGAAGACGAUAAUACCACUAUUGGAGGGAGUAGCACACGCACCUCGAAAGCAAUCGAACAAUCGGGAGCUUCGAGCAAAAGUGCCGCCGAUGGUCAUUCGACAUCCGAACAGCAACAGGGUAAGGAGAUGCUAACUCAGCUCUCCAUUGAAAUCCCAUCGAACUCGGAUAGUGGAGAACAUCGGAUUCGGACUCGCGCAUCCAGCAAAUUGGAGAGUCCGCUGGAGCUUCCACCACGCCAGAGUCCGUCAGCGGCAACCUCAGUGGGACAUGAUUCGCAUGGUUCCUCUGCUGUUGCAGCCACUGGAGCAGGAACCAGCAACGCCACCCACUCAGGGAGCAGUGCAAUAUCUGGGUCUAAAAAUUGUAGCUCAGCAGGAACGGCUGGCGGUACUGCGAAGCAAAACGCUUCUGCUGCCACGUCCAACGCUGCCGGGGGCGGCAGUGUAGUCACAGCAGCCGGUGCCACUAUUGGCAAUGAUCGGCCAAGCCCUAAAUCGACUGCAAAUGCGAUCCGACCGGCAGCCGCGAACAAACGGAAACGGCAAGGGUCGGAGAGCUCCAACCAGUCCGGUGUUAGCGAUGAUAUUCCGACGCGUGCCAAGAAGUCCCGUAAAGCAACGACAGCUACCGACCCGGGCACGGCAGUCCAUUCCGAAACGCCGAAGCCUGCGCUACGAAGAUCGGCAGAUAAUACGCUCGCCAAAGGUCGCAUGUCGAGAAAGGCGGCCAAUGCGGCAGCCGCAGCUGCUGCCGCGGCAGCCGCAGCUGCUGCCGCGGCAGCAGCCGCCGCUAGUACAGCACCACCGACGGUUACUAUUGUUGCGGAUUCCUCCGACAGCGAUGAACCUUUGAUCGAAAUCGCGGGUAAAGCUCGAAAUUCUAAACUAACCUCCAAACUCAGCUCAACUUCUACCACUAGCAAUGCUACUACUUCUCCUACCAUACAAUCUUCUACUGCUACUUCUUCUAUUACUACUUCUACUAUCGAUUCUACUACUGCUACCACGACCAUCAAUACUAUUCGCAACAACAACCACACCAACAACAACACUUCGACUACAAAUUCUACUUCAUCUUCCUCAACCUCGUGUAAAAUCCUAGCAGCAGCCGCAGCAGCCGCAGCAGCAACUGGUUCGGGAGAUAAAGGUGCUCAUUCCGCCGUUUCGUCCGGUGCCAGUGAAAGCACUAUACCACCGUCAUCCGCCUCGUUGCCGAAGGGGACUGCACCCACAACGAACCAGUCGACAGGUGGGGGUGGUGGUAGUGGCGAGAAAGAAAAAUCACUUCGCAACCAUCACAGUAAGAAUGCGUCCGGUGUCAAGCAGCAGGGUGGAAUUGCGCCACCGCCGUCUUCCACAGCAUCGUCUCCUGAGUUGACCACGAGCACCAUGACAGUUGCAUCUUCCACCACACCCACCUCGAAUGCCACUGGUAGCAAUGGACCCACGCACAACGCCAAUGCGAGUCCCGGCAGUGAUAGUGCUGGCGGUGGUGGUACGCAAAAAUCCGCCACAAACAUCGUUGGUGGUGCACCCUCAACUCCUGCAACGGUGGGUACUUCUGCGGAUGAGAAAAUCAGUACACGACGCAGUGUACGCAUGACGUCAUCGACGCUUUCCACGGCGGCGAUGAACAAUAAGGCAAAGGCUGCGGCGAAUGCAUUACUUCAGCAGAAUUCCACCGCUGCUACAACCAACAACAUCGACAGUAACCAUCACGGGAAUAGUACCACUGUCAAUAAUAAUGCCGUGGUGAACGAUGUUGCUGGAGCUGGCGGUUUAUCAGCUGCCGCGGCCGGUCAUGCGGACGGAGCCUCAUCGGGUGGAUUGAGUUCGGGCGGAGCCAAUGGCAAUCAUAGCAGCAAAGUGGUAAAUCAUGUGAACCAUCAUCACGUGGGAACCGGUUUGAAGGGAUCCGGAACUUCGGGUGGGGUAGAGGCCAUCGAAACCGGGACUGCGACAGAGCUGCGCCGUAAAACGAGAAGUGCAGCUGGACUCGAAGUCACCGUGACUGAGGGACGUCGAAGAAGGAUCUCCCGAGAUAGCAAGUGACCAACAGUUUGCGCCUCAGCCGCUAGCGACGAUGAGCAACGCUAUCGGCAUAGGCCAGAAGGUAUUAUUACCUGUGCCCGCUGCAACUGUGUCGAUGAUCAUCAUCGUAACGAUUGUCUGACGAGUGUCCAUUGCACGGCGGUCAACAAUGUUGGGCCAGUUUCAACUGGAACUGUUGUGAUGGAAGGUGAAAGUGCUGAAACUGAAGACGGGCAGCAGUACUUUGCUGAGCAGAAUGAAGUGACGGUCGUGGAGUGUAACGAUGUUGAUCAGAGCGGCAGUGAUGCAAGCUGGCACGUCGAUGAAUCUGUUGGCAUGUUGCAUAAAGAAGCUGAGGCGCAAAAUCUACGCGAAGUGGCGCAGAAAAGAGGCGUAAAAGCAGAGAUGACAAAGCCAACCCCUAGCUGUGCCGCCGGUAAAGCGCUGUUGAAUGGUGGAGAUAAUGCUUUGGCUGCGGGAUCCGGCACUUUGACGUGUCGUAAUGAUGAUACUGCUGGUACAGGUGACCAAGUACGAUCAGCGGCGAAGGAAACCGGAGGCAACGCGGAGGACGAAGAUUCGUACGCUAGUGAAAUCAUUCUCACGACUAACAGCGACUGCAGCCUAGACGAGUUCGUGUCGUCGGAUGACGAUAGUAACCUGGAAAUAUCUGUGGUAACUAUUUCACUAUACUGAAUGUGUGGGUAAGCAAACGGGAUACAGAACCUUUGUGUUUGCAUGUAAUUAGGGUAACAACGAAUACCCUGUUUCUAAGGAUUCCAGUGCUCUAUGUUUUUUGUGUAGUGUGAUUCCGUAAUUUUAAUUCUUUGAUUUUGAACCAUUUUUAAUUGUUUCCCCUUUGUGUAUGAGUAUUGCAUUGUACUGUGUUUUGUACAAUUCAUUUUUUGAAAAAAGAAAAAAAGAUAUAUUUAUUUUUCCCCUUUUAUGUGAACGCUUCAAUCAUAUUGAUGCUUUAUUCGUUCUAUUGCUGCGUUGUCUCGGAUUGCGACAUGCGAUAUGAGUUAUCCGAGCGGAUUGGAAUUGUGAUUUCGUUUUGUCAGAGUUUGAUGAUCGAUAUCUAGUAAAACCCGAUGGAAAAUCAAUAUUUGAUGAAAGCACACCUUCAAAAACUCAAAACAAAAACAAAAUACAACACAACUUUUGGCUUACCUAAUAAUGGCAGCAAGCAUGCUUAAUAUAAGAGAGCUGCUGUUGGAAAAAAGUGUCUUAUAAAUAGCGUUAGGGAUAUAAGAGUCAUGAUGAUAAAACCAAACAAAAAAGAUUAUUGCGCCUGAGGGUCCUUAAAAUUUGCUAACCAAGAACCAAGUUAAUGAUACGAAAAACAAACAUUAGGUACCACAUAGAAAAACGAAGUUUUUUUUCGCAUCUGGUUUGCUAUCGAAAUCGGAGGAUGGCGGGUUGGGGAAAUGGUGAGGAAAUUAAAUAUAGCAGAGAGCGAUGAACAUCGUUUACAAAUGUGCAAGUGGCUGGAGUUAGAUUGUGGCGGGGAAAAGUGUGGAUCAGUAUUGUACCUUCGCGUCAUUGAGCGACGUCAACUUAUACGCCAUCGUUUACACUCAAAGCUCAAAACGGUUCGCUUACUUUUUAAAUGUAAAAAACCUAUUUUGCUUUUUUCUAUGUCUCAUCUCUGAAUGAUACCAAUUGCAUAUGGCAUUGAUAAAAUCCGAUCGUUUAAAUUGCACCUCCAAGAUGAUCUGUCUUUGAACACUCGUAUAUUGAUUUAGAAUGGGAACCCUUACCUUUUGAUCUCAAGGUGCGUUGAGCUAGGUUUUGUUUAGUAAUACACGCGGAUUUAAAAUGGAACAAGCGAAACGGAUACUACAGAAUCACACAAACAAACAAACAAACAAACAAAUAAAUAAAAACACACACACAUAUA